CAACAACUCCCAUAACGACGACGAUGCGAAGAAGCAAGCUGUUCACCAGGCCUCCAUCGGACGCCACAUAGCAGACGAUGCUUUGAGUUUUGCGUCCACAGAGUUGAAAGAAUUGCAGCUGUACAAUGGGUUCCGGUGACGAAACAAACGACGAGGCGGCAGCGGGUAGACUCCGGCGUACCUCAGCCUACGAUACAACUACAGGCACUCUUGAGCACGAACAGGAUGGUCUGAGCACUGAAACGAGAAUAGGAGAUGAUGGGCGGGUUGAUAUCAACAUCACGGGGACGAGUACGAAACUUGCGACCCAGCUGGAGCAGAUCAACUUGGAUCUGAACCGCAUACAAGAAGAGCCUCGUGAGCCGGAGCCGCCACCGCCGUUUGUGGACGAGGCUGGCAGGCCGUUUCGAGCACCACCACCACUCAACAUUGUUAUGCAGGUCGUUGGGUCCAGAGGCGAUGUUCAGCCAUUCGUUGCGCUGGGGCAGGUCCUCAGGACUCAGUAUGGCCAUCGCGUCCGGCUCGCUACUCACGGCACGUUCAAGAAGUUCGUCGAGGAAAACGGGCUGGAAUUUUUCGACAUUGGCGGCGAUCCUGCCGAAUUGAUGGCCUUCAUGGUCAAGAACCCGGGCCUAAUUCCGGGGAUCAAAUCCUUGAAAGCAGGCGACGUGGGGAGGAGGCAAAAAGGCAUGGCGGAGAUUCUCGAGGGCUGCUGGAGAUCUUGCGCCGACUCUGAUGAAGUCCAAGGUGCUGACGGCAAUGGUCCAAGUCCACGAAGGAGACCGUUCGUUGCGAAUGCCAUCAUUGGCAACCCUCCCAGCUUCGCGCAUAUUCAUUGUGCACAGAAGCUAGGCAUCCCGCUGCACUUGAUGUUCACCAUGCCGUGGUCGCCGACUCGCGAGUUUCCCCAACCGAUCGCCAAUAUUCGUGGUUCCAACAAAGCCAGCGGACAGAUCACGAAUGAAAUGAGCUACACGCUGGUCGAUAUGAUGACCUGGGAAGGGUUAGGCGAGAUCACGAACAAGUUCAGAAAGCACACGCUAGGUCUGGGUUUACUAUCUCAGGCCGCAGCAGUGGAUUUGCUGUACCGGCUGCAGAUCCCGUAUACAUACUGCUGGUCACCCGCCUUGAUCCCAAAGCCCAAGGACUGGGGCCCUCACAUUACAAUAUCUGGGUUCUACUUCCUCUCAUUGGGAUCCAACUACCAACCCGACCCUGAUCUGGCCGAAUUUCUCGCUUCCGGUCCACCUCCAGUCUACAUUGGUUUCGGCUCUAUCGUCGUUGACGACCCCAACGCAAUGACCAAGCUCAUCUUCGACGCCGUCAAGAAGACCGGCCAACGCGCCCUUGUUUCAAAAGGCUGGGGCGGGCUAGGAGGCGACGAUCUCGGCAAGCCCGAAGGCGUCUUCAUGCUCGGCAACUGCCCGCACGACUGGCUCUUCCAACGAGUAUCCUGCGUGGUCCAUCAUGGUGGCGCAGGGACGACAGCAGCGGGAAUCGCACUCGGCCGACCGACAGUCAUCGUCCCCUUUUUCGGCGACCAGCCCUUUUGGGGUGCGAUGGUUGCUCGUGCCGGCGCAGGCCCAACGCCAAUCCCCUCGAAAGAGCUCACUGCCGACAGACUUGCUGAUGCCAUCCUCGAUGCCCUCAAACCUGCGACGCUUGAGCGUGCUCGCGAACUUGGGGAGCGCAUCAAAGAGGAAAAAGGCUGCGAAGUCGGCGCGGCAAGCUUCCACCGGCAAAUUGACGUCGACAGACUCCGAUGUACCGUAGCACCCAAUCGUCCUGCGGUGUGGUGGAUCAAGAACCAAGGCCAGCCGGGCUCCGGUGUCCGAUUGAGCGCAUUCGCAGCAACCACCCUUAGCAACGAAGGCCUUCUGGACGUCAACCAGCUCCGACUCUACCGGCCGUGCGAGUACCCUCUCGAAGAAGGCCAGUUCACUUGGGACCGCGGACCGAACCCGGUCUUGAGUACCGCGGGCUCUUACGCUUCUGCAAUUCUGCACAUCCCGCUCAAUAUCGCAAAAGCGUGGGGUGGCAUUGUGUACGAGCCGUACAAGGGUGCUCGGAAAGGCGGCUGGAAAGGCUUUGGCAAAGGAUUGGGCAAGGGUAUUGGUCACUUCCUCGUCCGUCAGAGGGGUAUUACGAUCAGCGGCAAGACGUACGGAGUGCGGGCGAUAUAUGACUCGCUGAAGAAGCAGUUCGGUGAUGACACGUUGAGUUUCAUCCUCGCCGUGCACUUUGCGCAGGGCUAUGAAGAGGUGAAAGCAUCGACCGAGGAGGAGCGACAGGAUGUGCUGAAUCAGUGGCACAAGCUAGACUUGGCCUUGCAGGUGGUCUCGAGUGAGUCGAGUCGGGCCGUUGCCCCGGACGUUGCGAGUCUGGCGAAAGCUUCGAGUCGCUAUUCCUGAUGACCAUGGAGCUUUGCCGGUGUGAAAGAUAGUACAAAGGACAUCUGUUUCGUUGGCCACGGGUCCUGGCGUACACCUCUUUAGGAAUGGCACAUAGAGCCGGGCUGAUUUUGGGAAUUUUUAAUGUAUCUGCUCAAGUUCUGGGCUGCCUUCUCGGAGCCAUCUGUCCCUUAAUGUCCUUCAG